UUCCUUCCAUCUGGCACUUUUAAUACCGACGUCGACUGUCAUUAAAAUUGGGAAAUUUUUUGACUUGUCAAGACGUCAAACUUAACCAACUUCGUUCUUUCCGUGUUUAACCACAAUCCGAGCAAAAUGGCAGAGGUCGAUGAAACUCAAAAGAAGAAGCGUGCGUUCAGGAAGUUCACCUAUCGUGGCGUUGAUUUGGAUCAACUCCUUGAUAUGCCCAAUGAGCAAUUGGUGGAACUCAUGCACAGCCGGGCUCGCAGGCGUUUCUCGCGGGGCUUGAAACGCAAGCCAAUGGCCCUCAUCAAGAAGUUGAGGAAGGCCAAGAAGGAGGCUCCACCAAAUGAAAAACCUGCCAUCGUCAAAACCCAUUUGAGGAACAUGAUCGUCGUCCCAGAGAUGGUCGGAUCCAUCAUUGGAAUCUACAACGGCAAAACAUUCAACCAGGUUGAAAUCAAACCCGAAAUGAUCGGUCACUACUUGGGUGAAUUCUCGCUGACAUACAAACCCGUCAAGCACGGCAGGCCCGGUAUUGGUGCCACCCACAGUUCAAGAUUUAUUCCACUCAAGUAAGAUUUAGGCGGAAAUAAAAGGUUUCUACGAAA